GAGUACACACUAAUGGAUAAUACAACAAUAAUCAUGAUAUGAUCAAAACUAUUAGUAUUCACAGCUUCAUUCUAUUUCUCAUUCCUUCAAGCUAUGCCAAUGGAGGCUUUCUCACUCACCGCAACCACCAUUCCCUCCUCUUUGACACGUAGAGGGGCUACACACAAAACUUCAAGCCAUGUCAACCUUUCCAGGCACUUGCAUUUCAUGUCUUUCCCCUCCUUCGCAAAGCACAAAAUGCUUAGCACCAGAGCUCAAGCUUCAGGUUCAACAAAAUGUAGUGCGGGUAAAGCUGAGGGGAUCCCUGAGAAAACAGAUGCCAAGGAUGAUGACUUAGUCUUUGUUGCUGGUGCUACUGGAAAAGUUGGUUCAAGAACAGUGAGGGAGCUUAUAAAGCUUGGUUUUAGAGUCAGAGCUGGAGUGAGGAGUGCUCAGAGAGCCGGUGCAUUAGUUCAGAGUGUUGAACGGUUGAAGCUUGAUGCUACAAGUGGAGGCAGUCAAGCUGUAGAGAAGCUUGAAAUUGUGGAAUGUGAUUUGGAGAAGCCAGGUCAAAUUGGACCAGCAUUAGGGAAUGCAUCAACAGUGAUAUGCAGCAUCGGUGCCAGUGAAAAGGAAGUUUUCGACAUCACUGGACCCUUUAGAAUAGAUUAUCAGGCCACCAAAAACCUGAUUGAUGCAGCAACUGUUGCCAAGGUAAAUCACUUCAUAUUGGUUACUUCAUUGGGAACAAACAAAGUUGGCUUUCCUGCAGCUAUUCUCAAUUUGUUUUGGGGAGUCCUGAUUUGGAAAAGGAAGGCAGAAGAAGCAUUGCUAGCUAGUGGACUUCCAUACACAAUAGUGAGACCUGGAGGCAUGGAGAGGCCUACUGAUGCUUACAAGGAAACUCAUAAUAUAACCCUGUCAAGAGAAGAUACUUUAUUUGGGGGUCAAGUGUCAAACCUUCAGAUUGCUGAACUUAUGGCAGUCAUGGCCAAGAAUCGUGAUCUUUCGUAUUGUAAAAUAGUGGAGGUAAUUGCAGAGACAACUGCACCUCUGACUCCCCUGGAGAAACUUCUUCCAAAGAUACCUUCUCAACGCCCUUACGUAUAUUCACCCAAGAAACCAGAUAUUGCAGCUGUCAAUGAGCCAGAACCUUCUGCUAAUGUUGUAGCAGCGGAACCUAGCAUUGUCACUCAGGAAGAAACCACACAACCUAAACCAGUGGCAAAACAGCCACUUUCUCCUUAUACUGCUUAUGCUAAUUUGAAGCCACCUUCAUCUCCUUCUCCAUCUAAGCCUAGUGGUGGGAAAAUAGGAGAGAUCAAUGAAACAGUGGCAACACCUAUUGCUCCUGAUACUCCAAGUACCGAGCCGGUAUUAGAUGGUAUUUCUCAGACAACAUCCAUCUCAGAAGUGAAGAAGUCCCUUUCUCCUUAUGCAGCCUAUGAGGAUUUGAAGCCUCCCACCUCCCCAAGCCCAACACCAAGUAGCUCCAGUGAUAAACCUCUUGCUGCCUCAACAGAAGUGGAAUCGACAGGGGACAAUGUUGCUGCCUCAACAGAAGUGGAAUCUACAGGGGACAAUGUUUCUGCUUCAACAGAAGUGGAAUCUACAGGGAGCAAUGUUGCUGCCCCAACCGAAGUGGAAUCUACAGGGGACAAUGUUGCUGCCUCAACUGAAGUGGAAUCUACAGGGGACAAUGUUGCUGCUUCAACAGAAGUGGAAUCUACAGGGAGCAAUGUUGCUGCCCCAACCGAAGUGGAAUCUACAGGGGACAAUGUUGCUGCCUCAACAACAGUGGAAUCUACAGUGGGCAAUGUUGAUGAAAAGAAUCCUUCCCAAGAUUCAAAUUCUUCUAAUUCUCCCUAUCCUGUAUAUUCUGACUUCAAGCCUCCCACUUCACCGUCUCCUAAUGCACCCAAUACAUCAACCUCCAAAUCUGCUGUGGAUGUGGUGCCUGAGAUGGAUGCAGCAUCAAGCAAUGGACCAGCCCAGCUUUCAAUAGCAGAUGAAUCAAAGGAUGAGGAACAUGCCCCAGAACCAAAGUCAAGACCACUUUCACCUUAUACAAUGUAUGAGGACUUGAAGCCUCCAACAUCACCAACGCCAUCCUUCAGAAAAUCUUAGGAACUACUUGCAAAAAACCUCAUGGAAAUUUCAACCAUGUCAUUUAUUUCUUGAUGACCUUCUCAUGAAACUCAACGGGCACUUUUUUGCUCCUUUUUGUAAUUUACUUUUACCAUGUUGAAAUCUAAUAAGGAAAAGUUAUCACUUUUCAUGUUC